CUCGCGUGUCCCACCCAGCCCAACGUUUUGAUCAUCGUUUUCUUUUCCAUCAGCAUGAGCCCAAAACGUGUAGCACUUUCUUUCACUGGUGGGAAGGACUGUACGCUCACUCUCCAUAUACUAGCCAGCAACUCUGAGCUGGUUGUUCCACUACUGGUGACUUUUGCGCCUACACCUAGCUCGUCGACGAAACCGUUCCUCAGUCAUCCGAUUCCUUUAAUAAAGAGAAUAGCACAGUCCUUGCAGAUAGAGCAUAGAGUACUAUAUAUAGAUGGCCCGGACUAUAUGAGCUCGUACGUCUCCCAUUUCAUCGCGUUAAAGGAUGAAGGAAUAGAGGAAUUCGCCACAGGUGACAUUGAGGACGUCUGUUCGGAUUUCAUGGGUCGUGCAGCACGGCAAGCAGGACUUCCUCUCAACCGGCCACUUUGGCAGGUUCCGCGGGCGUCCCUUCUAUCACAGCUCUACGAUACUUAUGCGCUUUCCUUUGUUGUCACAUGUGUCAAUACUGAAUCAGUGCCCCUUGAACUUGCCCGCAGGAUGGUAGGCAAAGUCUUGACCAAGGAUCUCCUUGAUGAAAUCAUGUCCCAAAAGGAGUGCGAAACGGUUGAUGCUUGUGGGGAGUUUGGGGAAUAUCACACAAUGUGUUUGGACGGACCACUGUUCAAACAGCGAAUACAGCUAAUGAAAGGUCAGCAAAUGGUCGAUGGAAACUUUUUGUACUGGAAAUUAUUCGAAUAGACCGAGAUAGAUGAACGAACGAGUGACUGUUCUAGUUGUAGACCCAUGCUCAUACAUUGUGAUCUCUGCUAAAUACACUAGAACGGGCUGGAGGC